UUUGCGAUCCGAACAGUCGUGUCGCGAACACCGGCCGCGGUCGCACCAUUCACCGCGAAUCGCAUUCGACGCGUUCUCAUUCUCGAUAUCCCCAAUAUCCUCAAUAACUUACUGUGCCGUGGCUUAACGUAUCACACAUCGCUCAUCGGUCAAAGUCACUAAGUAAUCGAAACUCAGUGCGUUAUGACGGUAAAGUUAAAAGGGCUCUUAAGUAGUGCUGGUUGCCUACCGUAACUUAAUUUGUGAGCUACUCAGUUAUUGUUUUGUGUUUGUUUUGUGCAAAAUUUUGGAUUAUACACCCUUAAAACAUCUUUACCCAAAAGGAAAAAGGGCAACACAUCAAGAUGAAUUAUAAUAAUUAUGGCAUUGGAUGACAUCAAACCAUCCACAAAAGGGAUCCCCAAGAAUGCUAUGCCGUCGUACGUGCCGAUGAUCGUGCGGGUGUUUGGCGAUGGAUCGACUACGGAUGUGCCGGUGACGCCGGAAACCACAUGCUCGGAUUUAAUUGAGUGCUGUCGCGAUCCUGGAGACGAAACGUGCGACCUAAUUGCAGUGUGUCCUGAGCGUGGAGAGUGUCCGCUAAGACAAACUGAUCAUCCACUGGAAAUCCUGCAACGUUGGGGAUCCGGAAGGUUAUUGCUGAGGUAUACAGUAUUAAGCGCAAAUGAGGGGACCUACGAAAAGAGAAAUGGUAUGAAGGAAUCAGACCACUGCGGAGAAACGUUACCAGAAGGAGUGCAGUUGACACUAAGUGAACUGCGAGAUAUGGCAUGCAGGCAGCAGGCGCAGAUCGAGUCGCAGCAUCAGCUGCUGGCUGCGAAGGAGCAGCGCCUCCGUUACCUCAAGGAGCAGGAGGCGCGACAACAACGGGUGCAGGCCGAGAGCGAGCGCCUGCGACGGAUGCGCGAUCGCGUGGACGCGCAGGAACUCAAGCUGCGGAAAUUGCGGGCGAUCCGCGGCCAAGUGGACCAUCAGAAACAGAAUAAUAUAUCUCUCACAAGUGACCUUGAUUCCAUCCGAGCGCUCUUCAAUGAAAAAGAAAAGGAGUUGUCGCUGGCGGUGGCCAAAGUGGACGAGCUCACCAAGCAGCUUGAGGAGUUGCGACGGGGGCGGUCGAAUCGCGAGCAAACGCCAGCGUCGGCCCUUGAGCUCGACAAACUACGGCGGGAGCUGAUGUAUCGAAACAAACUGAACGAACAGCAGAAUCAUCGGCUUAAUCAGCAGCGGGAGGCGCUGACGGCGCGUCAAGAGGAAAUGAGCGCCAUUGACAAGCGGAUUUCGGAACUGCAGGAACGAUUACAUCGCAAGCGGCUAUUGAAUCAGCAAUUGGCGAACCAAAUUAGCGCCGCCUCGCACAAGGCCGCAUACAAUCAGUUUGUGAGGUUGGCGGGCUCAACCGAUCAAAACAAUCAGCAUUAUCCGAGGAAGAACCAGCAAAACACACACCCCGCUAAUGGAUUAUCCCGUAGCAACAUCGCCGCAGUGGAGCCCUAUAAUCACGUACCCCUUAAUGCUGGACAACAAAUUCGACAUGGACCAUUACAAGAUAAUUUGACAUAUCAUUCUGUAUAUCAACCAAAUCAUCAUAUCAAAAGCGAUUCGGAACCGAAAGCGGAGAGCCAGGAUAUCCACAAGUCGAUGUACAAGGGGCAGGAGCAGCCUGACGGCGACCUGUUGAAAGACUUUGGCGUGUCCAAGUCCGACCCGAAGUAUCAAACCUUGCCAUAUAACACGAAAUUCACCGUGAAUUUAUUACCCAAUAAAAAUAGAAUAGACAGCCACGACGCACUACAACAGCAGCAACCUGACGCGAAAGACAUUGACGUCCAUAAUGGCAACAACGGUGUACAAUCACAAAUGGUACACAGCGCGCCGUUAAACACAGCCAACAAAAAUAUUGCCACUCCGCUCAAUCAGAACGACUUGACCAAACGAUACGACAAGGAGAAUGACGGCAAGGGUUUUAAUGGGCAGUCGAACAAAUUGAACGAACACGCUUCCACAUUGUAUCAAAAACCGAUCAGCAGUGUGGCACCCACAUCGGUACAUCAUUCUGGGAAGCUUUCGAACAUUUACCAGACCUCAUCGAUCAAGGUGCAACCUGUGGAACCGCAGACCAUUCACAGUAAGCCUACCAGUACCCCCGAGGCAUCGGGAGACAAGGCAAAGCCGGCGCUACCGCCAAAACCGUCGAUACGACCACCCCCACGGCAGACACAGCUGAGUGUCGAUGAGCCGAGACACUCACCCCCACCGCCUCCGGUGCCCACGAGCGACCCGCCCGCCGAGGAGAAGCCCUCGCGGCCGGCACAUCCGCUCAGCCUCGCAUUGGGCAAGUUACAAGAACUCGAGAAGGCGGAAGUCAACGGUAACGAUAGCGCCGUCAAGUCGUCAUCAUCCUCCGACGAGACGGACAAGUCAUCGUCUGCGGAGAGUAAUGCACCUGAGUUGAAGGAUGUGGUGGUGCGACGCAACAAAAAGGGCAAUCUCAAACAGACAGGCAAGGCUAAUCUAUCGAGACGUGUUAGUUUUGACCCGCUGGCGCUACUUCUUGAUGCCAGCCUUGAAGGGGAACUGGAGUUGGUGAAAAAGACUGCCACACAAGUGGCUAACCCAUCUGCAGCCAACGACGAGGGUAUCACCGCGCUGCACAAUGCGAUUUGCGCCGGUCAUUUGGAGAUUGUAAAGUUUCUAGUUGAGUUUGGUUGCGAUGUUAACGCGCAGGACAGCGAUGGCUGGACACCUCUGCACUGCGCCGCUAGCUGCAACAAUGUUGCGAUGGUACGUUUCCUUGUCGAGCAUGGCGCCUGCAUCUUUGCUACGACCCUAAGUGACCACGAAACUGCUGCGGAGAAAUGCGAAGAGGACGAGGAAGGUUUUGAUGGAUGUUCUGAAUAUUUAUAUAGUGUACAGGAAAAACUUGGAAUCCUAUCCGGAGGUGCGGUAUUUGCCGUUUUUGAUUACGCUGCACAACAGCCUGACGAGCUCAGCUUUCAUGCCGGGCAACAGUUGACAAUUCUUCGCAAGGGCGACGAAAGCGAGCGCGAGUGGUGGUGGUCGCGUCUCGGCGAUAAGGAGGGCUACGUGCCGCGGAAUCUAUUAGGGCUUUAUCCACGCGUGAGCAAAGCAGACGAGUAAACGAGGCAACGUUUAAGUGUAAUAAGCAUCGAUGUAAGUAUCUUUCGCAUUUUCUAAAUCUAUAAAACGUGCUGGAGUUAUUACACCGCAAGGAGGGAGUGGGAAGAGGAGAGCAUCAGUUCUGGAAUUCGUAUGCCUUUGCUCAAUAUUUUAUUAUAUUGUUUAGUCAAAAGGUCGCGUUUGUUCACACUUAAUUAGUUAGUUUACGAGUGAUGUUUUCGCAUGGCAACAAGUCUUGAUAUUUUUGUUUUGUAUUAAGAUGUUAUUUAACUGGCAGAUUGCUUUUGGAAUUAAGUAAUUACUUAAUGAAUAUUUUAAUAUAUUUUCAUUAUUGUAAAUAUAUAAAUAUGAAUAUACAAUGGAAUAUUUACAUAAAA